AUGAGGCUCUCCUGCCUCCGUCCGCCCUCCGUGGUAGGUCCGCCCUCCCUCUACUGCGACACGCCCCCAUCCACUGCGGAACGCCCCCACCUCGGAGCUCUUCUCGGCCGCGCCGCUGUAGGAGAUGCGGCUCUGCUAAAGCGGCAACGGCAGUGUAUAGUGGGCCCGGGAGGCGGGCGACACUGCCGUUGCAGCUUUAAUAAACCCGUGUCCUCUUCCAUGCGGGCUGAAAAGGGCAGGGGGGUCGGUGACGGGCCCCAGCCCGCGUACAAGAACAGACAGAAGGUACCGAAGAUGCAGUCAAGAUUUCUACCGCAGUUGCCUGAGGUGAGUUCCAAGCCUGAGUGGAGGAAAAUCCAGCCCUCAUUUGUUCUAAAUGGAGAGAGAGGCAAUGAACUGCACGACAUCAAUAAGACUCAUGACUUCUCACCUGGACUAUCUGCCAUGCCAAAUUACAAGAGAAGCAAACUCAUGCAUGCUAGUUUCCCAAUGUAUGAACCAUCAAAAUAUGAUAAUCUGUCAGCCCGGCCAUCACAACAUACACAGACUAGUUAUUCCCACCCAAAGAAGCACAGAGAAGAUUUCAGAAGUGCCCUUGUUGAUAUCAUCAUGAAAAAAGAUGCAUCUGCUUUUCCAGAAUUUCAGGUGGAUCAAACUGCUUCUGCUGGAACAUCAACUUUGGAUAAAGACAUUUUGAGAUACAAUUACUACAUUAGCCAUGGCAUUGACACAGAGCAUGUAGCACCCAUGGAAGAAUCUUGGCUUGAACAUGUCCUAAGCCUGGUACCAAAACAUUUAAAGGUUUACACGGACAGCAUUGACCUGCUUUCAGAUGAAAUGAAAGAGGAUUAUCUAUUCAGUGUUAAAAAAGCCAUUGUUGAUUUUGUAUUAAAAGACCCACGAGAGAAGCAUGAGGACAAGCAAGUUAUUCUAGAGACGCAUCGUGCAGAAUUGGAAGUAGUGCCAAAACCAUGGAAAAAGUCAUUUUUGGCCAAUUACAACUUCAUAAAGGAGAAUCUGAAUGCUGUUAACCCAACAAUGGCAGCUGUUUUAAAUUUAUGGCAUUCAUCAUUUGGGCAAUUGCGAUUAAUUGAUACGGAUGAAUUCCACAGUCGACAGGAGUCAAUGGAGCUUUCAAUUUUCCAAAACCUUGUAAUGAGAAACAUUGAUGCUGCCAAAGACAUACUGCUCAAAAAAUGGUUUGCAGAAAUUCAAAACAUCUAUUACCAAGGAAACAAGAAAAAGCAAAUUCCCUGUAACAGCAAGAGACUGAAAUCAUUUUUCAAUUGUGCUGCUACAUUAAUGACGGAGCAGCUGCAAAGUCUUGCUUUAGCAUCUAUGCAGGAUUAUACUGAUUUGAUAAUACAGCCACCAGAUUCAAUUCGUGCCUAUGAACAUCCAGGUUUUAUAAUGAGGCUCAUUUUAGACAAUGUUUCAAUUAAAUUUGAACCUGACUUUAGUGAUUAUGAAACUGUGUUGCUCAAUGUGUAUGAUGUGAUGAUUAAAGCAGUAAGUCUUGUGCCAAGAGUAGAAACAAAGCUCUAUUCUGAAUGGGACAAUGUGUCAAAAAUGACUUUGAGACCAAUCAUCCUGGAGGACGUUUUGGAAAAGCACAAAAGACAAGUACAAGAAUUUGUUGCUUUGGAGAGCUUUUUGCCAAAAGAACACUUGAAAAUAUAUGACAAAUACAAUUUCCUGACAACCAAGCAAGCAGAUUUGGAUGCUGAUCAAUUUUUGGCUGAGGGACAUACAUUUGAGGAAAUAAUGAGAGAGGCCAUAAAGUAUCAACAACUAACAGAUGAAAUACAGUACAAUUCAAGAAGGAUAUUUCGCUUAGGGAUGUUUGAACUCCACUGUGAUGAAUUAAUCAGAGCUCUGACUAAACGUUCAGAGGCUAUUUGUGGAAAACUGAUGGAGAAAAUGUUUACAGAACACCAGGAGGCUAAUAGAAGGUUGUGUAAUGAAUUUGAGAAGAUUGCUGAAAAAGCUUUGAGUACUCCUCCAAAUACUCAGGAACUAAUGGAGUUAAAGGAAUAUAUUAAGAAAGUUGAAUCUCAAGAUAUGCUGGAUUUGGAACAGAAGCUUGUAGAAUCCAAAAACCGCCUGACUUUCCUCGUCGAUUACGUCUCUCUGUCCCCUGCAGAUAUUCGUCUAAACAACAACACUUUUCAGUGGCAUGACCGUAUGGGAGAAAUAUUUGAGGAGCACAAAAAGAUAAUAGAUGAAAAGUCCAAACAGUAUCAAGAUGGACUGAAGCUGCGCUGUGAGAAGUUUGUUGAAGAGCUAGAAAACUAUGGAAAACAAGUGGAAGAAUUUGAAUCAUAUGGUGAUAUUCAUGAAGUAAGCAAAUACCUGAAAAAGGCACAAGCUCUAAAUUCAAAACUGGAUCAAGCAGUAGAAAAGAUUGAUCAAUUUAAUGCAGAGGAAGAAGCAUUUGGGUGGGCAACUUCACAGUACCCGCAGAGGAAAAAAAUUCAGGACUCUCUUAGUCCCUAUCUUCGUCUGUAUGAGAUUAUAGUCGAAUUUAACACAAAGUGCAAAAAUUGGAUGGAAGCACCAUAUGCUACAGUAAAUCCUGAUCUUGUAGAACAAGAUGUAGGAAACUACUGGAGAGCCUUAUACAAACUGGAAAGGACAUUUACAAAUUCUCCACAUGCCCAGUCUCUAACUUCCGAAACCAAAGAGAAAGUAGAACAAUUCAAAGAAAUGAUACCACUUAUUCAGAUUGUUUGUAAUCCUGGACUACGGGACAGGCACUGGGAGGCCAUGUCAGCUAUUGUCGGAUAUCCAAUUAAACCACAAGAUGACACAAAUGUUACCAAGUUCAAAGAUAUGAAACUUCAGCCUUUUCUGGACAAAUUUGAAGGUAUCAGUGAGUCUGCAAGCAAGGAGCAUUCGCUUGAAAAAGCAAUGGAGAAAAUGAUUUCAGAGUGGGAUAAGAUGGAAUUUAUCCUACUUCAGUAUCGGGAAACAGGAACAUAUAUUCUGUCAUCUGUUGAUGAUAUUCAGAUGCUGCUCGAUGACCAUGUUGUUAAAACACAAACCAUGAGAGGAUCUCCGUUUAUGAAAGCAUUUGAAAAUGAAAUCAGAGAAUGGGAAGGUAAAUUGCUGUUACUGCAAGAAAUCCUAGAUGAGUGGCUAAAAGUGCAGGCUACAUGGUUAUACUUAGAGCCUAUAUUUAGUUCUCCUGACAUUAUGGCUCAAAUGCCUGAAGAGGGCAGACGAUUCUCAACUGUGGACAAAACAUGGAGAGACUUGAUGAAACAAGUAUUGUUGGACAAGAAUGUCCUUUCUGUUGUGAUGAUUGAUAAAAUGUUGGAAAAGUUCAAGAAGUCUAAUGAGUUAUUGGAGCUGAUUUUGAAAGGACUUAAUGACUACCUAGAAAAAAAACGUUUAUUCUUUCCACGAUUCUUCUUCUUGUCUAAUGAUGAGCUCCUUGAAAUUUUAUCAGAGACAAAGGACCCAACCAGGGUACAACCCCACUUAAAGAAAUGCUUUGAAGGUAUAGCAAAAGUGGUGUUUACAGAUGUCUUGGACAUUACUCACAUAAAAAGCAGUGAAGAGGAGGUGGUACAACUGAUAAAUACUAUUUCAACAUCCAAAGCCAGAGGUCAAGUUGAAAAGUGGUUAGUUGAACUUGAAACUGCAAUGAUUCAGUCUGUCCAUAAGGUCAUUGGUGAAGCAAUUGAUGCUUACCCCAAAACAACCCGUAUAGACUGGGUAAGGGAAUGGCCAGGGCAGACUGUACUGUGUGUUUCGCAGUGCUUCUGGACACAGGAAGUUCAAGUAUCUAUUAGGAAAGGUCAAAAGGCACUUGAAGAUUACCUGGAACAAAAUAAUAAACAAAUUGAUGAUAUUGUUACCUUGGUUCGUGGAACAUUAUCAAAGCAGAACAGAGUUACGCUUGGAGCACUUGUUGUUCUAGACGUGCAUGCUAGAGAUGUCCUUACAGCUCUUGUGAAAAAGCAAGUUAGCGAUGAAAAUGAUUUUGAAUGGUUAAGCCAGCUAAGAUACUAUUGGGAGGAAGGUCACCUUCAGACAAAAAUGAUCAAUGCCGGUUUGCAGUAUGGAUAUGAGUAUCUUGGCAAUACACCUAGAUUGGUCAUCACUCCUUUAACGGAUAGGUGUUACAGAACUUUGUUUGGUGCCCUCAACCUUCACUUGGGUGGAGCUCCUGAAGGACCUGCUGGUACAGGAAAAACCGAGACUACCAAGGAUUUGGCAAAAGCAGUGGCAAAGCAAUGUGUUGUUUUCAACUGUUCUGAUGGAUUGGAUUACCUUGCUUUAGGAAAGUUCUUCAAGGGUUUGCUUUCAUGUGGAGCCUGGGCUUGCUUUGAUGAGUUCAAUAGAAUUGAUUUGGAGGUACUGUCAGUGGUUGCACAGCAAAUCCUCACCAUCCAAAGAGGUAUCGCCACGGGAUCUAAUUUAUUAGUAUUUGAGGGCACAGAAUUGAAGUUAAAUCCCACAUGCGCUGUCUUUAUCACCAUGAAUCCUGGCUAUGCAGGACGGUCAGAGCUCCCAGACAAUCUUAAGGCUUUGUUUAGGACAGUGGCCAUGAUGGUUCCUGAUUAUGCCAUGAUAGCUGAGAUAGUGCUAUACUCCUGUGGAUUUGUCACAGCAAGGCCUCUGUCGGUGAAAAUUGUGGCAACAUAUCGUCUGUGCUCUGAGCAGUUAUCAUCCCAACAUCACUACGACUAUGGAAUGAGAGCAGUGAAAUCAGUGCUGACUGCGGCAGGAAAUUUGAAGCUUAAAUACCCCUCUGAAAAUGAACAGAUUUUGCUGUUGAGAUCCAUUAUUGACGUAAACCUUCCAAAGUUUUUGUCUCAUGAUCUCCCCCUUUUUGAGGCUAUAACAUCUGACCUGUUUCCAGGGGUAAAACUGCCUAAGGCUGAUUAUCAAAUUUUCAUGGACGCUAUAAAGGAAAAUUGUGAGCGUAUGAAUUUACAGAUGACUGGAUUUUUUGCAGAAAAGAUUUUGCAGAUUUAUGAAAUGAUGAUUGUGCGCCAUGGGUUUAUGAUUGUUGGGGAACCAUUUGGAGGAAAGACCUCUGCCUAUCGAGUCCUGGCAGGUGCACUGAAUGACAUAUGUGAAAAGGGCCUUUUAGAUGAAAAUAAGGUUCAAAUUACGGUGAUAAAUCCUAAGUCCAUAACCAUGGGUCAACUUUAUGGACAAUUUGAUCCAGUGUCUCAUGAAUGGUCAGAUGGAAUACUGGCAGUCAGUUUCAGAGCCUUUGCUUCUUCAACAACCCCAGACAGGAAAUGGCUAAUCUUUGAUGGACCAGUUGAUGCUGUAUGGAUUGAAAACAUGAAUACAGUGUUGGAUGACAAUAAAAAGUUAUGUUUAAUGAGUGGAGAAAUUAUUCAGAUGUCUUCUCAGAUGAGUCUGAUUUUUGAGCCAAUGGAUUUAGAAGUGGCUUCUCCUGCUACAGUAUCAAGAUGUGGUAUGAUUUAUAUGGAACCAACCAUGCUUGGUUGGAGACCCCUCAUGGUUUCCUGGAUGAAUCUUCUGCCUCCAGGGCUCAGCAAAAUGCAUAAAAGUUUUAUUGAAGGAUUAUUUGACAGAAUGGUCCCACCAUGUCUUCAGAUGAUUCGAAAAUGUGCCAAGGAAUUAUCACCAACCUCUGAUACAAAUUUAGUUCGAUCUCUAAUGAAUCUCAUGGACUGUAUGUUAGAUGAGUUUGCUGAUGAAUCUGCAGUUCACGGCAUGAAUGAAAGAGAUAUUUGCUCGUGGCUAGAGGGCAUAUUUUUGUUUUCAAUGACCUGGUCUAUUGGAGGAAGCUGCACAGAAAAUGACCGCCUGAAAUUUGACAAACUCUUGAGAGAAAUCAUAGAUGGACCACUCAGUGAGGAAACAAGGACCCGCUUUAAUAUUCUCCACCCCGUGGAUCCUCCUGAAAAGCCCUUUACUGUUCCAAUUCCCAAGGAACACACAGUAUAUGACUAUCGGUUUGUGAAGGAGGAAACUGGAAGAUGGGAAUUGUGGACACAAGAUCUCAGCUCAGUGCCACCUAUACCACAGGAUACAAUGUUUAAUGAAAUAAUCGUGCCUACUUUGGACACAAUUAGAUAUACGGUACUAAUGAAGUUGCUGACAACUCACCAGAAGCCUUCUGUAUUUAUUGGGCCUACAGGCACCGGGAAAAGUACCUACAUCAUUGACUUCUUGCUGAAUCAAUUGGACAAAGAGACAUACAAACCUUUGUUGAUAAACUUUUCAGCUCAGACCACAGCAGCUCAGACUCAGAACAUCAUAAUGUCUAAGCUGGAUAAGAGAAGGAAAGGUGUUUUUGGUCCUCCACUGGGAAAGAAAACGGUUGUAUUUGUAGAUGAUGUGAACAUGCCUGCCAGAGAGGUCUAUGGCGCUCAACCCCCGGUGGAAUUGCUGCGUCAGUGGUUAGAUCAUUGGAACUGGUAUGAUCUGAAAGACUGCUUGAUGAUCAAGCUAACUGACAUACAAAUCAUAUGUGCUAUGGGACCAGCAGGUGGUGGAAGGAAUGUUAUAACACCACGAUUCCUAAGGCAUUUCAAUACAGUUACCAUUAAUGAAUUUGAUGAUAAUUCAAUGUACACAAUAUUCUCCAGAAUAUUAGACUGGCAUCUUUCAAUAAGGUACACCUUCAUGAGUGAAUAUUCGAUGCUAACACCACAAAUUAUACAUAGUACCAUGGCAGUAUACAAGGAAGCAAUGAAAAACUUACUACCCACACCUACAAAGUCUCAUUAUUUAUUCAAUCUUCGGGACUUUUCUCGUGUCAUUCAAGGAAUUUGCUUGUCACGUCCUGAAACAACUGAUUCACCUUUAUUGAUUAAGAGGCUUUGGGUUCAUGAGGUCCUUCGGGUUUACUACGACCGACUUGUUGAUAAUGCAGAUCGAUCCUGGCUUGUUGGAUAUAUUCAGGAAGUUGUGAAAAGUCACAUGAGGGAAGACUUUCAUCAACUAUUUCAGCAUCUAGAUUUUAAUAAAGAUGGCAAAGUUGAGGAGGAUGACUUGCGCAGUUUAAUGUUCUGUGAUUUCCAUGACCUUAAGAGGGAAGACACAAAUUACAAAGAAAUAACUGAUGUUGAUAAACUAUGUUUAGUUGUGGAUAGCCAUCUGGAAGAAUUCAAUAACAUUAGCAAAAAACCAAUGAAUUUGGUUUUGUUCCGAUUUGCAAUAGAACACAUAUGUAGAAUCUCACGUAUUCUGAAACAGCCCAGUAGCCAUGCUCUAUUAGUUGGUGUUGGUGGAAGUGGCCGUCAGUCAGUCACUCGAUUAGCUGUUCACAUGGCUGACCAGAAACUUUUCCAAGUGGAGAUCUCAAAGAGCUAUGGUAUUGUUGAAUGGCGGGAAGACUUAAAGCUAAUUUUGAGACAGUCUGCUGAGGGGGAAAUGCAAGGAGUAUUUCUGUUUACAGACUCACAGAUUAAGAAAGAAUCUUUCUUGGAAGACAUUAAUAAUUUGCUUAAUGCAGGAGAGGUUCCAAAUCUUUUUGCAGCUGAUGAGAAACAAGAGAUUUGUGAAAGGAUGCGACAAAUAGACCGGCAAAGAGAUAAACUAAAACAAACCGAUGGUAGCCCUCUUGCUCUUUUCAACUUGUUCAUUGACCGUUGCCGUGAUCAACUACACGUCGUCCUUGCAAUGAGUCCAAUAGGAGAUGCAUUCCGAAACCGACUCCGGAAGUUUCCAGCUCUUGUUAACUGUUGUACAAUUGAUUGGUUUCAGACCUGGCCUGAAGAUGCACUUCAAGCUGUAGCAACACGCUUUUUAGAAGAUAUUGAAAUGUCAGAAGAAAUUAAGAAUGGUUGCAUUGACAUGUGUAAAAUCUUCCACACAUCUACCAUUAACCUGUCUGAGAAGUUCCGCAUGGAGCUACAGAGAUAUAAUUAUGUUACACCCACAUCUUAUUUGGAACUAAUCUCUACAUUUAAAACAUUACUGGAGAAGAAACGAUUGGAAGUAGUGAAAAUGAAACAGCGAUAUGAAGUGGGCUUACAGAAACUGGAAUCUGCAUCAUCCCAAGUUGCCACCAUGCAGGCUGAGUUAGAAGCUCUCCAGCCACAGCUGAAAGUUGCCAGCAAGGAGGUGGAUGAGAUGAUGGUAGUCAUUGAGAGAGAGUCAAUCGAGGUGGCCAAGACAGAGAAAAUUGUAAAAGCAGAUGAAGCGGUUGCUAAUGAACAAGCAAUGGCUGCCAAAGCAAUCAAGGAUGAAUGUGACAGUGACUUGGCCCAGGCUUUACCUAUUCUGGAAUCUGCUCUGGCUGCCCUGGACACCCUUACUCCACAAGACAUCACAGUGGUGAAGUCUAUGAAAAGUCCCCCUGCUGGAGUAAAACUUGUCAUGGAGGCUAUUUGCAUUUUGAAAGGGGUGAAGUCUGAUAAAAUCCCGGAUCCCUCUGGUUCAGGACGUAAGAUUGAAGAUUUCUGGGGACCAGCAAAAAGAGUAUUGGGAGAUAUGAAAUUUCUUCAGUCACUUCAUGAUUAUGAUAAGGAUAACAUUCCAGCAGCUUACAUGAGCAUAAUACGGAAACAGUAUAUUACCAAUGCUGAAUUUGUUCCAGAUAAAAUUCGAAAUGCAUCUACAGCUGCCGAGGGGCUUUGUAAAUGGGUGGUCGCCAUGGAUUCAUAUGACAAAGUGGCCAAGGUAGUGGCACCUAAAAAGAUAAAGCUGAACCAAGCAGAGAGUGAACUGAAGGUUGCUAUGGAUGGUUUGAGGAAGAAACAAGCAGCUUUGAAGGAGGUACAAGAUAAGCUGGCUAAACUUGAGCAAAAGCUUGAAGAGAACAAACAAAAGAAGGCAGAUCUUGAGAAUCAGGUUGACUUGUGCAGCAAAAAACUUGAUCGUGCAGAACAACUGAUCGGAGGUUUAGGUGGUGAAAAAACAAGAUGGAGUCAAACUGCAAUAGAGCUUGGAAAACUUUAUGUUAACCUUACAGGGGAUAUCCUAAUUUCUUCAGGAAUUGUAGCUUACCAAGGCGCUUUCACUUCUAGCUACCGACAGAUGCAAACAAAAGAAUGGGCAUUACUUUGCAAACAAAAUUAUCUACCCUGUUCAGAGGAUUUUUCUCUCACCAGCACUUUGGGGGAACCUGUGAAAAUCCGAGCAUGGAAUAUUGCUGGUUUACCUUCAGACAGCUUCUCCAUUGAUAAUGGAAUUAUCAUUUCGAACGCCAGGCGAUGGCCUUUGAUGAUUGAUCCACAGGGUCAAGCAAAUAAAUGGGUGAAGAAUAUGGAAAAAGCCAACAGUUUACAUAUCAUUAAGCUUAGUGACCCUGACUUUGUCAGAACACUGGAAAACUGCAUUCAGUUUGGUACUCCGGUUUUACUAGAAAAUGUUGGAGAAGAAUUGGACCCUAUUCUUGAGCCACUUCUACUGAAACAGACAUUUAAACAAGGAGGCAGUGUGUGCAUUCGCCUUGGUGAUUCCACUAUAGAAUAUGCUCCUGAUUUCCGGUUCUAUAUUACAACUAAACUGAGAAAUCCACAUUAUUUGCCUGAAACCUCUGUCAAGGUCACCUUGCUAAAUUUUAUGAUCACUCCUGAAGGAAUGCAGGACCAACUAUUGGGUAUUGUUGUAGCUCGAGAAAGACCAGAUCUAGAGGAAGAGAAGCAAGCACUUAUUCUUCAAGGCGCAGAAAAUAAAAGGCAGUUAAAAGAAAUUGAAGAUAAGAUUCUAGAAGUACUUUCAUCUUCAGAAGGAAACAUAUUAGAAGAUGAAACUGCCAUUAAAAUAUUGUCUUCCUCCAAGGCCUUGGCAAAUGAAAUUUCUGAGAAGCAAACUGUGGCAGAAGCAACAGAAAAGAAGAUUGAUGCAACAAGAAUGGGCUAUCGCCCAAUUUCCAUCCAUUCCUCAAUUCUCUUUUUUUCCAUUGCUGACCUAGCCAACAUUGAGCCCAUGUACCAAUAUUCUCUUAGUUGGUUUAUCAAUCUUUUUAUAAUGUCUAUAGAUCACUCUGAGAGAUCAGAACAUUUACAGACAAGGCUCCAGAUUCUGAAGGAUCACUUCACAUACUCACUAUAUGCAAAUGUGUGCCGCUCACUGUUUGAAAAGGACAAACUUCUUUUUUCCUUCUGUUUAACUGUAAAUCUUCGAAAGCAUGAAAAAAUGGUAAGAACUCUUUUUUGUUUUUCAGUUGAGACUGGAGGCAUAGGACUGGACAAUCCACAUUCCAAUCCAUGCACCUGGCUACCCCAGAAAUCCUGGGAUGAAAUAUGUCGUUUGCAUUCUCUACCCAGAUUUCAAGGCAUUCGCAAGGAUUUCAUGAGGCUUAAAGAUGGUUGGAAAGCUGUGUAUGACAGUUUGGAACCACACCAUGAGCCUUUACCUUCUGAAUGGCAAGCAAAAGUGGGUGAGUUCCAAAAGAUGCUCAUCAUUCGAUGCCUCAGGCCUGACAAAGUUAUUCCGAUGGUUCAGGAAUUUGUAACAGAAAAUUUGGGAAGGCAAUUUAUUGAACCGCCCCCAUUUGAUCUCUCCAAAGCAUUUGCUGACAGUCACUGCUGUGCCCCACUAAUUUUUGUGCUGUCUCCUGGGUCAGAUCCAAUGGCAGCCUUACUGAAAUUUGCUGAUGAUCAGGGAUUUGGAGGCUCAAAGCUGAGUUCUUUGAGUCUUGGACAAGGACAAGGACCAAUAGCUCUCCGGAUGACUGAAAAGGCUAUAAAAGAAGGGACUUGGGUAGUCCUGCAGAACUGCCAUCUGGCUACUUCCUGGAUGCCAAUGCUGGAAAAAGUUUGUGAGGAGUUGAAUCCGGAGACUACACACCCAGAUUUUCGCCUCUGGCUUACGAGUUAUCCAUCACCAAAUUUCCCUGUGUCUGUACUGCAAAAUGGAGUAAAGAUGACAAAUGAGGCACCAAAAGGCUUGCGUUCUAAUAUUAUCCGCUCAUAUCUGAUGGAUCCUGUCUCUGAUCCGGAGUUCUUCACCAGCUGCAAAAAGCUUCCGGAAUUCAAAAAAUUGCUAUAUGGUCUGUGCUUCUUCCAUGCACUGGUUCAAGAAAGACGGAAAUAUGGUCCCCUUGGAUGGAAUAUUCCCUAUGAAUUUAAUGAGACUGACUUGAGGAUAAGUGUUCAACAGCUCCACAUGUUUCUAAAUCAAUAUGAUGAAGUGCCCUAUGAUGCUGUACGAUACAUGACUGGAGAGUGUAACUAUGGAGGCAGAGUAACUGAUGACUGGGACCGGCGAACACUUCGUAGCAUCCUGAACAAAUUCUAUAACCCAGAGAUCAUUAAUAAUGAAAGUUACAAAUUUGACUCAAGUGGUCUUUACUAUGUUCCAUCUGAUGGAGAAUACAACCAGUACAUUGAGUAUACGAAGACCCUUCCACUGAACUCUUCCCCUGAGAUUUUUGGGAUGAAUGCUAAUGCUGAUAUUACCAAAGAUCAAUCAGAAACACAGCAGCUAUUUGACAAUAUUCUCCUGACACAGUCACGUACUUCACGAGGAGGAGGAAAAUCAUCAGAUGAGACUGUUUACGAAGUUUCAGCAGAUAUCCUGAGUAAACUCCCUAUGAAUUUUGACACGGAGGCUGCAAUGAGACGUUACCCGACCACUUACACCCAAAGUAUGAAUACAGUAUUGGUCCAAGAAAUGGGUCGAUUCAACAAAUUACUGAUCACCAUAAGAGAUUCUUGUAUUAACAUACAGAAAGCAAUAAAGGGUCUGGUGGUUAUGUCUGCGGAUUUGGAAGAAGUCGUUAUGAGCAUCCUAAAAGGAAAGAUUCCCGGCAUGUGGAUGAAGAAAUCAUACCCAAGUCUCAAACCUCUUGGCAGUUAUGUUAAUGAUUUUCUUGCGAGGCUAAAAUUUCUGCAGGACUGGUAUGAAAAUGGAACUCCUCCCAUGUUUUGGGUGUCAGGUUUUUUCUUCACACAAGCAUUCCUGACAGGUGCUCAGCAGAAUUAUGCUCGCAAAUACACAAUCCCGAUUGACCUGCUGGGCUUUGACUUUGAGGUUUUAGAUGAUAAGGAAUACAAACAUGCACCUGAAGAUGGUGUGUAUGUUUAUGGACUGUUUCUGGAUGGAGCACGCUGGGACAGAAAAACAAAGAAGUUAGGAGAAUCUUACCCAAAGAUCCUCUACGACACAGUACCUGUGAUGUGGCUGAAGCCCUGCAAGAGAAAAGAUAUCCCACAGCGCCCAUGUUAUCUGGCGCCUGUUUACAAAACCAGCGAAAGAAGAGGAACCCUGUCCACUACUGGACACUCAACUAAUUUUGUGAUUGCAAUGACCCUUUCCUCCGAUAAACCUGAAGAGCAUUGGAUUGGACGAGGUGUCGCUUUACUGUGUCAACUUAGCGCAUAA